UUCUUUCUUCCUGGACAAUACCAACAUUUCUUCUUCAAUUGUUUUCUGUUUGUAGAACUUCCUUUAAUUAUUAUCUUAGUAGAGGUGUGUUGUUGAUAAAUUCUCUUGGUUUCCCUCCAUCUAAGAAAGUCAAAAUUCCCCUUCUACAUCUGAAACAUUUUCACUAAGAUUUUGUGUUGAAGCUCUCCCUCACAACCUCACAUUUGAGAAUCACUGCAUUAUUUCAUUGUGACCUCCGUGGCUUCUGAGCAAAUAUUUGCCAUCAUUGAAAUUAGUUUUCUCCUAUAGGUAGUGUGUCAUUUUUCUGUCAUUCUUUCCCAGUCUUUGUCUUCACAUUGAAGAAAUUGGAGUAUAAAGGGUACAAGAAAUUCACUGUUCUUUCCAUUCCCCUUUUGGUCCCAUCCACCAAAGUUAUCUAAGUUACUGUGGUUUCUAGUUCUAAUAUUUCAAUUUCCUGAGCUUGUCCCUUUGUUUAAAGCAUUAUUAUAUCUCUUGGGGGAAGCAUUUAAAUGAUUGUUAUUUUAAAAUUCUAGUCAGGUAAUUGCAACAUCUGUAUCAUCUUGGUGACACAUCGAUUAAUAAUCCUUUUUCAGUUAGCUUUAGACCUUUUCAUCUUGGUAUAGGUGCCUUUUUUACUAAAGUCAGGAUAUUUUUAAUAUUUUAAAACUGGUUUUUAUUUAAAUCUUCUGUUUUUAUUGAUCUGGCAAGAAAGGGGGAUAGCAUCUUUCUUUUUUGUGGUAAUAUAGAAGUUCAAGUAGCUGAGAUAGCUUCUUUGAUGUAAAGGAGGUGAGGUUGGGGCCCCUCAUUACUGCUAGGCAAGCAUGUUAUAUCCAAGUCCUCACUAGACAUCUGUUGCUAUCACUCCAGUGGGGUUGGGAGAAGUGUCUCAUUGCUGCCAACUAGGGGUACAGUAGGCUCCCCUACUUGGUCUUUGCUGCUGGAAUGGGAGGGCACUACAGUGUGUUUUCUGGUGGUUAGCUGGAUUAGAGUGGUUUUGGUUUAAGGUUUUCUGUCUCAAAAGGCUAGAAAAAGCAAGCCUUUUUUGAGCACUUCUGUUUGUGGGCAUUGGCUUUUGAGGUUGCUGGGUUCUUUGGCUCUAAAUCUAGUAGAAUGAAAUCCCAGGGAACUCAUCAGUUUUAUUCAUUAGAUCCCAAGGUCCCUAGACAAUUUAUAUUCUCUCUAUCUUACAGAAUCCUCUGAUGUUUGUUUUAUAUAACAUGACAAAGAUUUUGUUUUCACUCAGUGGGAAAGUGCUUUUCUGACUUUCCUAACAUCAAGAUUGUAGUGCCUGGUACCAUAUAGACAAGAAAGGUUACAGCAAGGAAAGCUAACCCCAUAUUUAUAUGGGUACCUUAUCAUAGUCCUCAUCUCACGUGUAGCAUAGUGAGAUAACAUAGUCCUUAUUUCACUUUGUAGAAAACAGAAAACAGCUUUUCCUGGGUUUACAUGUCUGUUCAUCCAGCCUGGAGGAUAUGCUGCAGUAACUCAUUUAGUGUCCUGUCAACUGAUGCACCAGGCUUUCUGGAGCCCCUUUCAGCAUCCAUUCCUUCUUCCCAGUGUUAGCUGUGAUUGGAACUGUUGGUCUGAUCACUUGGCUGAGUCCUAAUAUGACCAGAGUUGAAAAGGCUCUAAGCCAUCACUUUGAUUCUGUUGCUAUAUUGUUCACUGAAGUGAACUAUCUCAGAAAAUAGGAGAGCCUUCCCUGAGUCCCGCACAAAAUAAGAGCCAGAACUAGGACUCACUUUGCCCAACUAUAUGACCAGUGCCAUUUUAGUCUCAUCAAGCUCCUCCUCCACCUUCUCUGUUUUCCAGUACAGUUUACCUAUUUCAUGGACAUGGAUGGCCACUUUACCCUGCUCAACUGGCUCAUAGAAGUAUUUCCUCAUUCCUGGGAUUGGGGGUAGCCUAUGAGGGUGGUGUGGUGGAAAGAGAGAUGGGAAAAUGAAUUAGGCAGAUCCUACACAAAUUUGAAAGCCUGUGAUUCAUGGGGUCAAUGGUCUCACCUUCAUAUCUGAAAGACAGUAUACUUUUUGUCUCCUUAAGCCCUGUAUCUAGGUCGUUUGGGAAACGCCUUGGAGAGUCAAGAAUAAAAUUGCAGGUCAAACAAUGGAUGACUGGAAAAGUCGGCUUGUAAUCGAGAGCAUGCUUCCCCAUUUCAACAUGGUGGGAAAUCGUCAGGAGCCCAGAAAGCUCCAGGAAUCGGGAACCAGUAAGAGAAGACAGGAAGGAGACAACUUCCACUUCACAGGCAUGGCUGAUGGGGGCUACCCUAAUAAAAUCAAGAGACCUUGCCUUGAAGAUGUCACCCUCUCUAUGGGCCCAGGUGCCCACUCUACUUCUCUUUCUACAGAGCUACAGAUGCCCACAUUAACCAUGAAUCCUAGCUCUGCAGAUCUGGGAGUGGCUGGCCAGUCAUUACUCCUUGAGAAUGAUCCUUUAGACAAUAAUUCUAUGAAUAGCAGUGCUAUGGGCUCACCAUUUGGGGUGUCAUCAACUGCAGACAUGGGGCUGAAAGGGCAUGCUGUUCCUUACUAUGAGAAAAACAACAGUAUACCAGCUGUAGACCAGGAGCUUCAAGAUCUGCUGGAGGAACUAACUAAAAUUCAAGAGCCUUCUUCAAAUGAUCUUGACCUUGAGAAGAUUCUGGGGAGCAAGCCAGAAGAACCUCUGGUUUUACAUCACCCCCAGGCCCUCCUUGGCCCUCCUGCCAAGCCUCCAGUUCAGACACCACAUAUGGAGAACCUUGGACCCAGCAAGGAGUAUGCAUCUAGCUGCAGUCAAGUCACUGGCACAUCUCUACCAAUCUUGCCCUCCUCCACAGGGAUCAGCUAUUCCAUUCCUUCCAGCAGUAAGCAGAUAGUCUCACCCAGUUCUUCAACGGCACACGCUCAGGUAAAAAACCAGGUCCAGACCAUGCUCCCUGUCGCUUUGCCUCCAUUAUCUGUGCCUCAGUGGCAUCAUGCACACCAGCUGAAAGCUCUUGCAGCCAGCAAGCAGGGAUCUGCUACAAAACAACAAGGUUCCAACCGCAGCUGGUCCAGUCUCCCUCCUCCAGUUCUGUCCCCACCUUACCUCCCGGUGCCAUCACCUCAUCCACCACCACCACAGCCACCACCACCACCUUUCAGCCCACAGAACUUCACAGCAUCCUGCAUGUCAUCCAAUAGCUUGUCUGGCAGUGCUGUGCAAAGCUCGCCCAAUGCCUUACUCUCCAGCAUGGCCCCCAGCAGCAAUGCUGCCCUUGGGCCCACCUUGCCCUAUGCUCCAGCGAAGCUCACAGGUCUGCCUCACAAUCAGCAGCCACAAUUCAGCCCCCAGAGCUCCAUUCUUGCCAAUCUGGUGUCCUCUACUGUCAAAAGCCCUCAGGGACACCUAAUAUCUGCUCUGCCUACCAGCACCCCAGGGCCAUCCCCACCCUACCGCCCUGAGAAUCUCUCCAGCCCCGGCUUGCCACAGCAGUCUUUCACUCCACAGUACUCUCUGAUCAGGAGCCUCACUCCCACCAGCAAUCUGCUAAGCCAGCAGCAACAGCAGCAGCAGCAACAGCAGCAGCAACAACAGCAGCAGCAACAGCAGCAGCAACAACAGCAGCAGCAACAGCAGCAAACAAAUUCAAUCUUUAAGCCUAUGACCAGCAGCCAGCAACCCAAAACCCUGAGCAUGAUCAUGCAGCAGGGCCUGGCAAGUUCCAGUCCAGAAGCACCUGAGCCCUUUACCUUCAGCAACACCAAGCCCUUGUCACAUUUUGUUUCUGAGCCAAGCACCCAGAAGUUAGCCUCCAUGCCUGUCCCCUCCAGGCAGCCAUCCCUGCUCCACUACCUGCCUCAGGCAUCACCAGCACAUGUUCCUUCUGCCACUGCCUCUUCUACUGCCACUGCCACCUUGCAGCUGCAGCAGCAGCAGCAACAGCAGCAGCAAUCUGACCAGUCUACAUUCCUCCUGCAGCAGAUAAUGCAGCAACCCCAGCGCUUCCAGCGCAUGGUGACCUCUGAUUCCAUGUCUGCUCUGCCUGGACAGGGCUGUUGCCAUCGCUGUGCGUGGACUACUGCAUCUCUCUGGCUGGAGCACCAGCAUCAGCAGUGGAACUCUCUCACUAGCACUCAUGGACAUGUGCCACCAUCUAACCUUCAAAAGAAGCAGAGAUCAGGUCCUAUGGCAAUGACCUCUAAACAGCAGAAUUUGUAUAUCACCCAGCAGAUGACUCAAUUUCAAGCAGUACAAGAACAAGUCAUCUCUAAGUGUAGCCAGACCAAGGCAAAACCCUCAUCUAACCAGCAUAUGAUGCCACCCAAAACUGAGCUCCUUCAGGACAAUCUGAUUCCAAGAAUAUUACCACCCACAAGUCACAUGGGUGUUUUCUCAUCAACUCUGAGGAAGCAGCAAGUCAACACCGGCCUCCCAUUUCCUAACUCCUCAGGCUCGGGUCAGGAUCCCUUGAAAAGUCCUGGCUUUGUCUGUCCCAAAGCCAAGGCCAUGCCCCCAGAAGUGCUCCGGCCUAAGCUCUGUGUCAACCCCCUGGGCAGCCAACCCUUGACUCACCACCAACUCAGCCUCCCCAAUGUGCCAAUGAUGUCUCCAGUGUUCAGUAAUGCAGUGUGGGCAGUGGCAGAUGCAGCUGUAGCCACACCAGUUUCAAAGGAAUCACCCCUGAGCCAAGUAGAUAAUAGCAUGCUGCAGCAUUUUGAUAGCAACUCUAUCAUUUUUGCCAAGGCACCCAUAAGUACACCCCCAACAGCCCUAGCAUUUCCAUCUCAGCAGGCUGUGGUCCAAGUCAAUCAGAUGGCCCCAGGAGCCAGGCCUGGCUACAAGAUGCAUGCUGCUCUGGCCAGCCCCAGAUUCAGCUUAUUGGGCAAUCAGAGCCUUAUACAGAGCCCAGCACAGAGGCCCGUGCCUGUACUAAGCACCAAGUCCCUCCAGCAGAGCAUGGCCAGCUGCUCUCCCAUGAGUCCUAUUCAGGGACUAGAGCCGCCAAGCUAUGUAGCUGCUAAUGCUGCUACUAGCCAGUCCCCAGGUUCAUUGAUCAAAACUGGCACAACCCCUGAGCCACAGGACAAUGUCUUGCCUCAGUCCCAGUCCAAAACAGAUGGUCUGAUUUCACCAUCAUCUGCAGGCAGUGAGGUGGAUUUCAUGGAUGAGCUUUUAGAAAGCUCCAGUGUGGCCCCAGAUGAAGACUGGUUGUGCAACUUGAGGCUGAUAGAUGACAUUUUGGAACAGCAUGCUGCUGCCCAAAAUGCCACAACCCAGAAUGCUGUCCAAGUCACCCAGGGUGCUGAGGAACUAUAAAUCAAAGCAGGGUGCUUCAGAAAGCCCCGUGCUCUCACUCAAAGGAGUGGCCUGAAUCUGCAGCCAACUUGAAACUGGCCCCAGACACCCACACUAGGCUCCUACUUACAAUUUGAAUCUUGUCAGCCCUGCCCAUCCCUUUAUCUACCUGAUGAAUAAAAAGCUGGUGAUUUUUGAAGCUACUUGUAUAUAUCUGAAAAUUUUGUAAAUGGUUUUCCUAAUCAUAAAUGACAGAAGUAUUUAUACUUGGUUUUGUGGCUUUGUAAAUAAAGUGGCAGCUUUGGUUUCAAUAGAGUUGUGUUUAUUAUACAUUGUUCCAAAUAUGCAGACUGUGUUGUUCGCUCCAGUGACACCUUGUUAAACCAGGUGGCUGAGUCGCUGAGGUUUUCAUGCCACGAGAGAUGUGGAUGUGACUAAAGGGGUGUUGUGCAAACUGACAAAUGCCAAAUAGAAAGCCACUUUGUCAUUAAUUUCCACUCCAUUACAAAUUGUACUACCCUGUGUGACUCUAUCUCUCACAAGCCUUUAAGUCUUAGCUAAUUCUUCCUUAAUGAGCAUUUACAGCAAAAGUCAUGUUAUGAUUAAGUGUCCCACAGAGACACUCAUGGAAAGCCAAGAGCAUCCUUUAGGUUUGGUUGGGAGAAGUGCAGAAAUAGCCUUUGAUCUGAGCACUGUGAGAGCUGGCCACCUAGAGGAACUAGAGCAUUCCCUUCCCUUUGUCACCUAUGGUGACUUUCAGACACAGAGAAAACCCCAGCUUUAAAUAGCUUUGGUGCAUCAUCACAGAGUGAUGCUUUAAAGUCUGCUUUAAACCAUUUAACACUCAUUUUGAUGUAAAUCUCUGUGGUUUGGGGGGAAAGUCUGUAAACAUUAAUAGUUGAUUUGGGGUUUGUCUUUAAUGGUUUCUAUUUGCAAUUAUUGUCAUGUAUAUUUAAGUGUCUGUUAGAGAAAAUCCACAGCCACUGUCUUGUAAACUUUUCUCAGUGUCCAGAUUUUGUGUAAUCACAUUUUAAUUGCCACCUUGUAUUUUGAUUCUACAUUUGAAAUCUGGCAUCCAUUUUGGGCCAGUGUGUUUUGUUGUUGUUGAUGUUAAUUUGGUUUUUCCCCUUUGUUCUGUAAUAAACAGCCAGGAGAAAAGUG